AUGGCUGAGAAAACUAAAUGCGAAAUUAAAUGCGAACUAGACCUAGAACACUUCGUGAUGGAAACGCGAGCGCAGGAGCUGCAUCGUGGAGCGCAGGAGCUGCAUCGUGAGGCUCGUAGGCAGGCGAGGCAGCGUGCUUUUCUUCGCGAGGAACGCAGGAGAGUCAGGGAGGACACGAACUCAAUAGAGAUUGAUGCCGUUCUGCAGAAGCAUAUGAAUGAGCGAGAUUGGUACCCGGAAGAGUACCUUGCUGGCAGCUCAGGAUCGAGGCUUCGGCUGAAUGUAGGCGGUCAAGUUUUCGAGCGUUGGGCGCCGAGGAUUGUCCAUUACUGUCACGCGGGCGCCGAGGAUUGUCCAUUACUGUCACGCGAUGUUGCAUCUCCCUUGAUUGCAUACGUCGACCGGGAUUGGUGGAUGUUCCGACAUGUCCUGACGUUCCUGCGUGAUGGCAUCCUCCCGCGAAGUCGCUGUUUGGUGCUGCGGCUUUACAAGGAGGCUGCAUUUUGGCGGCUCCAGACCUUGAAGGGCGCCAUAGAAGAGACCCAUCUAAAUUUGACGAGGUCUGGAAUUAUCGUCAGCAAAAAUGUAGACUCCAAGACUCAUGAUGACCUCGUUGAAAUCCCCAAAUCCACCAAAUUCUGGCUCAAAAGGCCAAACUGGUGGGAGUCACAAGCGGGGACGGGGGUGAACAAGACCGGGUGCCGCAUCAAGGCUAUACCCAGCUGGUGGAAAGACGAUGACACUUGGAAGGGGGUGAGAUUUGGCCCGCUUUCGCUACACCCUGAAAAGGUUGUUGCCUCGAAGAGUGACGUCAAAUCCGAUAGCUACGUUUAUCCUAUGCUAUCGAGCACUUGGGGAUACUGCUCUUGA